UCUUUCUUUCCCAGGAAGUAAUGAAAAUUGAGUACCUUCAGCAGCUUCCAGGGCAAUUGAAGCUCUUCUCCCUGUUCCUGGGGAAAUGCACCUGGUUUGCAGGAAACAAGAUCACAUUCGUGGACUUUCUUGUGUACGAUGUCCUUGACCAGAACCGAAAGUUUGAGCCCACUUGCUUGGAGAAGUUCUCAAACCUCAAGGAGUUCUUACAUCGGUUUGAGAGUCUGAGUAGCAUCGCCUCUUACUUAGCAUCUGAACGCUGCCAGCCGUACCCAAUCUUCGCAAAAAUGGCAUGUUGGGGUAAUAAGUAGUAUCCCACUGCACGGACCAGAAGCCCGGGUUGAAGAAUCACCAUCAACUGCUGAACCACCUGCAGUGGAGGGCUGCUGGAACAUUCUUGGCCCUCACCUCAAAGAGCCCAGGUUCUCCAAUAAAGUGUUUUAGUCAUUA